AUUGGAUCCUCACGUGAUGAUGAGAAGCGGAUGUUAACAACACAAACAACAGUAUCUAUCAGCGUAGCUUGCGAGCCCAUGCCAUGAGGUGAUGAUAUAGCCGGCUAUAUGCGUUAUUUACCGGUUCACCAGAAGUUGAUGUAUUUUUGCCAUUACAGAUAUGGUAACGAUCACUGCUUUUCCUCAGUCUGCUUUAGUUGAUGAGAAAAUAUCUGUAAGAGUUGUAGGCCUACCCGCGAACUCCUCGAUUACCGUGCGAGCCUCAGUGAGAAACUGCGGCAAAACAUACGAUUCAUGUGCCCACUUUCAGACGGGAUGCGCCGGACAUCUUUCCCUCAACGAGCAUCCGUCGCUCGGCGGAACAUACUCAGGUGUUCAAGGUAUGGGAUUGUUUACCAGUAUGCUUCCAUCACCAAAAGAAAAGCGUGGUUCUCGACUCCUAAAGAAAGAUGUCUCUACACCUUUAGUCAAUGAGUUGACUGUCUACAAUGGGUUUCUCACUGUCAAUGAAAUUUACAAAUCAUCACCAAAAGUACUAGCAAAGACUAAUGUAGAACGAUGGUACAUUAGCAAAGAUGUAGAGACAAUACCUGUAAAGAGUGGUAAAAUCCGAGGAAUCGUGUUCAAACCUAAAGGACUCAGACCAUUUCCAGGAGUGAUUGACUUGUUUGGUGGUGUUGGUGGCCUGACGACAUUCCGUUCCUCUCUUCUCGCAUCACAUGGCUUUGCAUCAUUAGCCUUACCAUAUUUUGGAUAUAAAGAUUUAACAGCAUCCCUAGCUUCAGUUACUAUGGAUUACUUUGUGGAAGCUGUUGAUUGGCUCCUUGAGCAACCAUACAUACACAAGGAUGGUAUUGGUCUCAUCGGUGUUUCCGUUGGAGCACAAAUUGUACUUAAACUAUCUACUAUAUUUGGGGAAGCUGUUGAUUGGCUCCUUGAGCAACCAUACAUACACAAGGAUGGUAUUGGUCUCAUCGGUGUUUCCGUUGGAGCACAAAUUGUACUUAAACUAUCUACUAUAUGUGGGUCAAAGAUUAAAGCGUGUGUUAGUAUCAACGGUUGUCCAUACAAUACGGGGGAAUAUCCUCCUAGCAGAUACAAUCAAAGACAUUUUCCAGUUGCACAAACACAUCCGGAAAAGAUAGAAUUUCGUGACGGUGCAUUAAUACUACUUAAUUACUUUCCGAAAUUACUGACAAACAAAGAAAAAGACGCUGUGAUGCAAUUAGAGAAGUCAGACUGUGAAUUCCUCUUCAUCUCUGGUGAUGAUGAUCACUGCUGGUCUGGUAGUCUAUAUGCCAAGUUCGCUUCAAACUAUCUGACAUCACAUGGAAAGAAAAACUGGCAAAUCCUCAGCUACCCAGGAGCAGGCCACCUGAUAGAACCUCCUUAUUCUCCUCUGUGUGCUGAAGUAUUUCUGCCUUUUCUUGGUUCUGUUACCCUGUAUGGAGGAAUUCAUGAUUGCCAUGCAUUAGCACAAGAAGAUUCCUGGAAGAAAACCCUUGCAUUCUUUCAUAAAUACGUUGGUAAAAGUGUACCUACCAAAAGGAUGUCCUCAAUCGUGUCUUUACCAUUGAACAGUAAACUAUAACACAGUCAUUGUUUUCAGGCAAUGUUUAUGCUCAUUACCAAAGGCAUUCAAUUUGAUUGGUUAACAUAUCUGUUGGUAUUUUUAUUUAUUAAUUAAAAAUAAGGAAAAAUAUGAUAUAUUGCAUAAAUUUCAACAAUGUAGUAAUGCCGAUAUGAAGAUAUGUUGAUGUUAUAGGAUAUAGGAAUUAUAUCAGUACUAAACUGCAUGACAAGGUGUUAGUAUUUUGAAAAACCUAUUGAAAGACAUAAUGGAUUGCUAAAAAAAUUAUGAUUUGUGAUGCACCAUUUUAUAUUAAGUAAUAAUAAAUGAUGAUAAUAGUAGGCUGAAGAUAAGGAGAAUAAUGAAGGAGGAUGGGACAGAUGAGGACAGUGAGGGUGCCAGCAGAAAUUCACUUGACCCCCAUUCAUAUGAUGAGGUUGAACCACAAUAAUUUUCUUAUUCAAAUAACUUCAUUUUAAUUCCUAAUAUUGUGGUCUAAAGCGUAAUUGUUGACCAUACUAAGUCAUAAAAACACUCCCCAUGAACAGUGGCAGCUCUAUGAUACAUUUUUUGUGGGGGGUGGAGGCCUAAGCUGUCUGACAAGGGGAUUGAGCUUGUAUGCCUGAUGAGGUGGUGGGUUUGUGAGGGGUGCCUACCCCCCCCCCCUCCCAAAUGAGAUUUUUUAAAAAUAGGGACCUCUGGAGGGCUGGAAAUGAUCAGGGCCCCCUUCCCUUACAAACAUCUCUGGAUCUGCCCCUGUACAAACAGCUUAAUAUUCUUUAUAGAGCUUACUUAAUGCAAAAAGAAAUGCAAGAAAAAAAUGCAGGUUAGAAUAACUAAUGUAUAGAGGCAAAAAUUUGUGCUGAGGGCACUCCACCUUCAAACAUUGAAGCAAUGGCGUCCUCAGUCAUGUGCACAAGUUGAUACUCCUUGAGACAAUAUGCUGGCCUCUGUCACCUUCCACUUCAGUCUACACCCUCAGUAUAUCACUGCCUUGAGUAGAGUAAACAAGCAUAUUAAAUGGGAGAGAUAACAGUGUUUGUGUAUUAUUUGCUAUUUACAGAUCAGUUGUACUGUACUUAAAGUAAGAUCAAUUUGAUACUUUACUUUUGUUCUUUAUUAUUGAAGUAUUCUUUAUUCAAAACUAAUUACAUUCCUAAUUCUAAUAACUUUUAAUUAUGGUGCUGUGAAAUUUUAUAAUUCUUGACUUAUUUUUACAAACCAUACGUUAUACCUUGUGUUUUUAAAGUUGCUUGUAAUUGUUUUUUUCAUAGGCCCUACUAUUUUUUAUUAUGCGAUGUUUGUACUUGCUAGCUUAUUCUUUAUAUUUUUGCGCUUGUAAUGUUGGAAGGUUUGUGCUGUUAAUUUAUUGACGAACAAAAUAUUAAAUGUAUAAUAAAUCAUUUUUUAUAUAUUUUCAUAUAUUAUUUUUUUAUUCCAAUUUUUGUUGUUUAGUCAUGUAAAAAAAAAUAUAAUUUCUAUGAUUAAAAAUUCAUAGCCUGUAAAAAAUGAUUUGAAGGUUUAAUCUGACUGACUCCAAUAGUGAAUUGUGCAAUUGAUUUGACUAAAAUUAAUAUUAAGAACAUUGCAAUAAUCUAUGAAUUAUGUAAGAAACAAAUCAUGGUGGCUGAAAUUCAGUAAAUUAGGUUUUGUUUUUUUUUAAAGAUAAGCUUUUUGUGGGAAUAUUCAUUUCUUUAAUGUAGUAGAGUGGCUUAAAGGUUUUGCUUUGCAAAAUUGUCUCCCUUUGAAGUGGGUUUUUCACCGCAAAUAUAUGUACAGUAGAUAUGAAGAAGACUGCCUCUACAAUUGAGCCAGUCAAUGAAAAGUUGUAUCUCCAGUGGGCAAAGAAUAUUGAGUAAAGUUUCAACCUUGUUAUUGUGUGCAAAAAAUACAAACUACAGUAAAAUUAAUAUAUUUAUAGCAUUGGGGAAUUUUCAAUAUAUACAGGGUUGUUCCAAAAAUGUACGAUUUGAUUAAACAAUUUGUGCUGCCUUGCCUUGUCUGUUCUACGUUUGUACCUUGUGCUACUUAAAAAAAUAGUGAAAUUUUUACAAGAUUCCCUUGGAUUAUAUAGAAAAGUAAAUUCUGACCAAACAUUGUGGAGUCUGAAAAAUAUAUGAGAGUUAUCUUAUGAGUGGAUAUGAAGUCAAUAUAUGCAAAUGAUGCAACAGCCUCCAUUUCAGCUAAUCACUGAAAUAUCCCCUCAGAAUAUUUGUUUUCAUCAUGCAUUGGACAAAAAUGUUGCUAAAUUGUAUUAUGACAUCAAAUUGUGAAAUUGUUUUAAUUAUUUACAUUCCAUGAAGAGUUUAUUGUUCUUAAAUUUAAUUAGUCAUGCAUGCUUCUAGUCAGACAAAUGCUUUUAUCUUAUUUUUGGUUGUGCUUUUAUAAUUUGUUUAGUUGUUUUUUUAAAAUAGGUAAUAGAUUUAUUAAAUGUUGUGUAAUCUGUUACUGUGCUAACCUUCAAUAUAUAAAACAUUGAACUAUUUUGUAAUUUUGUUUCAAUAAAUUAGUAUGUCAUAACAAGUCUAAAAACUAAAUGAAACUAUAUGAAGUAUGAACUAUAAAUUUAUUAAAUGAUGAUUAUAAAAUAUGUUUUUGGUAACAAACAAAAAAGAAAUAUUUAAUAUACCAGUAGAAGGGGGUGAUAUGAAAUUUAGUGAAAAUGAAAUUAUAUAAUGCAGUAUCAAUAAAAAGUUUAUAUAUGUUA